AAUUACGUAAAUGUUUAGCAAAAUAGGCAUGUCCGUGACGUCGCCAGGUGACGUCAUACCGGAAGAGCGCUCAUUGUUUUGGCGUUUCCUCGUCUACAUCUUUAAAGAGUCGCUGAAGUAAAAACAACAAACAUCUGACAGGUGUCUCAUCAUGACUCACUGGUUCCACAGAAACCCUUUAAAAGCCACAGCGCCUGUGUCCUUUAAUCUGUAUGGGGUGGCGUCCAGCCCCUCUGCCAAUAAGAUCUGCAAUGAUCUCAGAACAACACGGGCGAGAUUGCUCGACAUGUUUACAGACGCCACAUGCACCCCAGAGAUUAUGAAGAAAGCCAGCGAUGAAUAUUUCAGUUUGUUACAGGGGCUUAUUUUGCCGCUGGAUGGUACAACACAGGAAAACAAACUUCGCUUCAUCCAGAACUUUAAAUGGACGGACACUUUACAGGGAAAUAUCCCAAGUGCCCAACAGGACGCAGUGUUUGAGUUUGUGUCAGUGGCGUUUAAUGUGGCCAUCUGGUACACAAAGUUUGCCUCACGACUGGCUGGAAAAGAGAACGUCACAGAGGAUGAGGCCAAAGAUGUUCACAGGAGUUUGAAAAUCGCAGCCGGGAUCUUUAAAACCCUCAAGGAGACUCAUAUUCCUCGUCUGAUCACUCCAGCAGAGAAGGGCAGAGAUCUGGAGCCUCGAGUCAUUGACACCUACAUCAUUCAAAGUCAAGCUGAAGCCCAGGAGGUGACCAUCGCCCGAGCCAUCGAACUGAAGCACAACGUCUCUCUCAUAGCAGCGCUGGCGUACGAGACGGCAAGCUUUUAUCAAAAGGCCGAUCACACUUUAAACACACUGGAUCCUGAAUGCAGCACUAAAUGGAAGAAAUACCUGCAGCUCAAACAACAUUUCUACAUGGCUUAUGCACACUGUUAUCAUGGACAAACACUUCUGGCUGAGGAUAAAUGUGGAGAGGCCAUCCGAUCCCUGCAGGAGGCUGAGAAAUAUUAUUCCCGAGCGGAAGCGCUGUGUAAGGAAUACCGUCAAACGAAAGGUCCGGGCAGCACGGCCAAACCCUCGGAGCAGCUGUUCUUUCGGAAACUGGGAACGUUCAUCAAAAACACCCUGGAGAAAUGCCAGAGAGAAAAUGGUUUCAUUUACUUUCAUAAGGUCCCCGCAGAGGCACCAAGUCUGGAGUUGAAGGCCAGUUAUGGUUUGGCUGAACCCACUCCAUUUGAACUCCCGGCGCUGAGCCCUCAGUGCACACCUGAAGUCUAUGCCACCUUUGACCUCACCAAAGGACCUAAAGAUGAUAAGGCCAAAGCCAAGCGCGAUGAGGAGAUCAAGCCGAUGAAAGAGCCCGAUCUUAAACCACAGACAGAUACGGGCUGUGUUCUCUCUUAAACUCGUACAGAGACCUUCAACACACAAAGUCAAGUUCCCUCGCAUUUACCGUAAUCCUCAAUACAGUAACUCUGGCUAAGUGUUAUUAUAUUCCCCAGCUCAAAUACAUAACAAUAUAAUCUUCAAUUAAUAUGAUCACUAAUUUGAUUUUAUUCAUCUUCAUAAUUAAAUUAGAUUUGCACUUGAUUUUUUCCGGUGGCAUAAUACAGAUGCUGUUUGGGGUUCAUUGAGAGUAAUUGUACUGAGUCAUCUCUGUAGGAUUGUUGUUUAUAUAUCAGCACUUUAUGCCAGUGAAUACAAAUAUUGGACAAACAUGGUUUCAUACAAAGAAGGAAUCUCACAAUAAAUCUUGUAAUACAGUCAUGAAACACAGUAAUAUAUUUUUAUUUUGGUGUGAAAUGUUACCCAGACUAUUUUGUGAUGUUUAAAAGCAAUUAUUAUCAAUUUACAACAACACACAAUGCAUUAGUGUCAUUCCCAUUGAAGAUAUAAAGAUUUUAAUCCAUAACUCUGACAUUGAAAAUAUCUGCAGAGUGAUUUAAAGCAAAUGUUUAUUUGCUAUCAUGGACCGAAUCAGCUGUUUUUCAUUAAAAUCAUUCAGGUGAAAUGAAUCCAAGAUUGGGUUUAAUAAGAGAAAACAUGUCCGGCGUCAAGUAAUGUUUUGUGAAAUGCCAUCCUGUAAAAUAUGAUUAUAAAAUCUCUUCAUAAACUUUCAGUUUCCAUGUUAAUAUUUUAAACAUCUCAUAAGGAUUGUUCUUCUUUAUUUGACCCUGGAGUUUAUCCAAACAUAUUGAACCAUUUUUAUUUUAGAAAUCAUUUUUUUUAUUCUAUUUUAAAUAUCAGUGUGUAACAUCAUGGAUGGCAGAUGGCAGGUACAUAAAAUGAUAGCUAUGAUGAUGCAAAAUUUCAUUUAUAUUAUGAUAAAUAGCUUACACUGUUAUGUGGUAGUUCUGGCUCCUACUUUAAUUCAGACACUACAUCGGUUUGUUUUGAAAAGAACACAGCCAGACAAACAUUGUGUUAUUCUGUAUGUGUACUAGAAUCAGACUUCAGCUCAGAUACUUACAGUAAGGUAUAAAUGAUUGUUAGUUAUGCUGUAUUUUUAUUUAACACAAUUCUGUAGACAGUAAGACUUUAUUUAGUUGUUUGAGUUACGCUCCAGAAUAAAGUUUUGUUACUAUAAUUCAUUUAUGUUGUCAGUCUUUGCAGUUGUAUGGAUGUGUAUUCAGUAUCAAAUAUACUCACAUGUUAUGACCUCAAUCUGUACUUCACUGCCACACAUGAAAGUUUUUCUCAUUAAAAUCUGUGUCGACUA